AUGUUUAGUUUAAAAAGACAUAGGAUCUUAAUAAUCAAAUAAAUAUAGUAUCAAGCAAAGAUUAUGUAUCUUUAAUCGAUUUUAUAUUUAUUCGAUUAGAUGGGAAAAAGAAAUUAAAUAUCUUAAUCUCCACAUUUUCAACUUUAAUAAAGAAUUGUUGAAAAUAUUCAAUUCAUAGUAUUUCUUAUAACUUAGAGAAAUCAAGUCUAUACACAGAGAAGGAGGAAAGAAACAAUGAGUCAAUUAGAGAGAGAAGAGCAUGGGGAAAUUUUUAAUUUUGAUUUUGAUUUUAAAUAAAGAGAAAUCUAUAGAGCGGCAUAGAUGCGCAUUGAAUUAAGAAGUUGCUCAAUAGCAAACUUAAUUUAAUGA